AUGGCCAACCGAUCUGCCGGAACAUCAACGCUGGGCGUUGCAGUCUCAGCACGUGCAAGUACGCCCAUGUCUGCAACCGCUGCGGGUCCAAGGACCACAACGGAUCUAAGUGCGGUAGGCCCCAGUAACUCUGCUGCUUUGGCUGCAGCUCACGCGAUUGUACAUAUUUCUCCCUGCACUUCACGUUCUACUGAUUUCACAAGCGCAUGUCCUGCUGUCCACACACCCCUCUCUGUUUCUCGCUUCGAAUCACUGCUCCGUAACCACCCUGACAGUUCAUUGGCUUCGUAUGUUAUCAACAGCCUCCGCUGCGGCUUUGACAUUGGCUUUACCGGCAACCGCAUAACUAACCAGCACUCGUCCAACCUCUCAUCAGCAUUCCAGAACUCUGCAUUUGUGUCUGCACAGCUCACCGCUUCCUGCAUCGCCGGCUACACGGCUGGCCCAUUUGACUCGCCCCCAUUCCCAUUUAUGUACUGCUCUGGCAUUGGCACUGUUCCAAAAAAGAAUCGCAAGCUACGCUUGAUACACUACCUGUCAAGCCCAGCCGGCUCCAGCGUUAACGACGGGAUCCCUGCCGAGCCUUUCUCUUUGCAGUACAUCAGCAUUGAUGAAGCCAUUCACAUCAUUAUGUCCUCUCCGUCUCCUAUCUAUCUCUCUAAACUCGAUGUGAAGAGCGCUUUUCGUCAAAUACCUGUCCGCCCACAGGAUUGGCAUCUCCUCUGCAUCCUGUGGCAGGGAAAGUACUACUACGACCGUGUCUUGCCAUUUGGGCUCCGCUCCAGCCCGGCGGUGUUUGAUGCAGUGGCAGCCACCAUCGAAUGGAUAAUACACCACGAAUUCUCCAUCCCUAAUUUGCUGCAUUUCCUGGACGACUACUUGUGA